UUUGUAGUAAAUAUUAUUAAUAUUUCAGAUUCAAGUAAAGCGGAUUAUACCGAAAUUUUGAUUUAACGCCGGACAGAGAAAUGUGCCUGACGGACAAUUCAAGAAAAAAGAUUUUUCAGCAGGACAAAUUCAAUAUUUGUGUGUGUAGCUAGCUAGAGGUUAUUUAGAAUUGUAACUAUGAAUGGAAAUCCGGGAUCCCGAGAGUUUCGUGAAUUUGAGAUUAAAGGGACUAUAUUGUAUGAGCAGGAUGGUAUCCUACUCCAGACAGCAAAGGAUAAUGGUUUACACUACGGUCUUCUCUCCGUUAUAGAUACUAAGCACGGCGUCUUCAUCACGUGGGAGAAGAAGGAUGAUGUUCAGAAAGAGGAAGUUACAAAAUGGGAGACAGAGAAAUCCGCAAAACUUCCAGAACAGUUUAUUGUUGGAAGUCCUCCAGAUUCUACUGAAUGGGCAGUUAUUGCGGACCAGGUUCAAACCCCUAGCAAGGAUUCUGUCAAGUUUAAAAGGAAUACAUCAAUUAACAGAUCUAGUGACGCUAACCUUCGUUUGACGGCUGAGUUAAAUGAGGUUAGAUCCUACAGACUGGUCGAUGAUGGAAACGCAGUAACAUUACUGAUGAGAGACGGAACUACGCACAAUACGCUUUUGUUCGUGGAAGAAAGUUCAGAUAGUUUUAUUAGAACAAUAAACCGUCAAAUGGCAGUACGUCGGUCGGCUACUGAUAGUGAUCUUUACUUGCUAUCGGAUAAAAGGACUGCAGCAUUGGACCAAUCUCUCAGUGAGCUCAACCUUUUUGACCGUCCAAACCGAGAGACGGUAUGGAGAACUAUUGGAGAAAUUCACAAGGAUCCAUACACUGCUGGUUUAACAAUCCUGAGCAAAGUUGCAGAUAGACUUCUCUUUAGUCCUCUGGAGAAGGAAUACCGUCCUGAGGCUGAGAUGGCUGAACUGCUUCAAUCUGAAGGUGUCGGGGGGAGUCUAGAAUGCCAUGGAGAGGACGGCGGAGACAAUUGGCAGCUUGUGAAUAACGCAAUAUCUUUGCUGAAGUGUAUUGAUGUCCGAAACCGUGGUUCUCCUGUCUGUCAACUGGACUGGGAGCUGCAUAUAAACGAGGACGGAAUUGUUGAAGACGUUUCAUCCCUUCUCAACAAAAUAUCCCGAGGAGGCGUUGAGGACAAUAUUCGUUCUGAUGUUUGGAAAUAUCUUUUGGGAUUCUACAAAUGGCAUCACACUCAUGAAAUUAGAGAAAUCAACCGGAGGACAAGAGUUGAAGAGUACUAUCGGAUGAAACUCCAAUGGAAGUCCAUGUCAGAUGAUCAGCAGAAUAGGUUUACUGGUUUUAGGGAACGGAAAACUCAAAUAGAAAAGGAUAUCGGUCGGACGGAUAGAACUCAUCCUUUCUACGCCAACGAUCGAAACCCAAAUGUUCAACUGCUGCAUGAGAUUCUAAUGACCUACGUGAUGUACAAUUUCGACUUAGGAUACGUUCAGGGGAUGAGUGAUCUGCUCUCUCCCCUGCUGUAUGUGAUGAAGAAUGAGGUUGAUGCCUUCUGGUGCUUUGUCGGGUUCAUGGAGAAGGUAGCAACCAAUUUUGAAUUUGAUCAGGGUGGAAUGAAGAAUCAACUCGCUCAGCUGACUGUGAUAUUGAAGUAUGUAGACAUAUGCUUCUAUAACUACCUGGAGUCGAAGGAGUCUGGAAACCUGUUCUUCUGUUUCCGUUGGCUCCUCAUCUGGUUCAAGAGAGAGUUCAACUACUCGGACACAAUGCGUUUAUGGGAGGUUCUUUGGACAAGUAAACCUUGUAAGAAUUUCCAUCUUCUUAUCUGUGUAGCAUUGUUAGACUCGGAGAAGAGUUCUAUAGUCGAGAACAUGUACGGGUUCACGGAGAUACUGAAACACGUGAACGAUAUGUCACACCGGAUAAACCUGGAUCAAAUACUCGGAAAAGCUGAGGGAAUCUACAAUAUGUUGAAAGAUGAUCCUGAUGCACCUAACGCUGUGUUGGAUGUGUUUGGAAUCGAACCUGAGAAUCUAAGUUGUGAUAAGUUAACUCUUGUGAAUGGAAAGCUGAAAAGUCUCCCGGUCCCUAUAACAGGGAAACUGCUUGAAAGAGAAAGAUGCACGACAGAAUCUAGCAACGGAACAGACUCUCUUAACAACAGUUCCAGCGUCGAGGUUCUUUCUGAGGCCGAUGAAAAUAGGUUUGAGGAAGCUCUCUCUAAUAGUUAUUACUAGCGCUUUAUCAUCGGAUUUCAUAUAGAUUUAAGAUUUGUUUAAGUUAAAAAAAUUCGCAUUAUAUUAUUUAUUUGUUUGUUUUCUGGGAUAUACAUUUUGAACAACUUUA